GCCGAGAGCCAAAUAGUGCCUCUCGGCAAAAUAAAGUGACUUCACGGCCGCUGGUUCCGCCAGAACGUAGAUUGUCUUGACGGCCAACAUUGUCGGCGUACAAACGUAGAUUGUGUGCAGGCUUACUCCUAUUUUCCUUUUUUUUUGACAUAAUUAAUUAGAACUUUUUUUGAAAGAAUGGGGUUCUCUCCGUUGCUACUGGUCUUUAGCUAGUGUAUAGAUGGGAUAAGGGACACCACUCAAAAAAUUAAGGAUAAGGGACUUUUACUAAAAAAAAUUAGAUAGGAUAAGGUACUCGCGUGUCCAUGGUCGUCCGUUCUCCGCCCAGCAAGCGCUGCGCCGGCGCUGCCAUGAUGGUCGCUUCCGUCGUGCCCUCUCCGCUGGCUGGUCCUGCACUCGCGAGGCCUGGCCGCACGCGUCUCCUUCCGCCCUGCGACCUGCCGGCCGGCUCCUCUUUGCAAUCGGCCAGCGGCUGCCGCAUCGCCCGCGGCGGCGCACGGCGCCCGCAGCACAUCUCGUUCGCAGCCGGAGGAGGCGCAGAGGGUGACGCUUUUGUCGUAGAAGGCGCGACGAAUGUCAAGUUCUCCAGGGAGCUAACUGUUCCGGGCCACAAAGAGCCUCUGAUCAUCCUCGGCACAGGUUACAGAGACAAGUUCUUCGUCAAGGUAUACGCCGCAGCGUUCUAUGUGGAUAUCUCCAUCGGACUCGAUACCGAGCAAUGGAGAAAAAAGGUUGGCCUCGAGACUUUCGAUGCUUCCUCUGGUUUUGACUCCAUUUUUAAAGCACCGGUUGUGAAAUCUCUGAAUAUAACUCUAGUUAGAGACGUUGAUGGCAAGACCUUUGUGAAGGCUUUGGAUGGCGUUAUAGCUCGCCGGAUUCAGAAACGGACCGAUGAGGAAGAAUCUUCACUGUCGGCUUUCCGGAACAGCUUUCUAGGGCGCAAUCUCAAAAAGGGAACAACCAUCUAUUUAACUUGGUUGGAACCCUCAAGAAUGCUGGUCUCGGUUUCGACCGACCAAGGUCCAUCCCAAGUCGACGUUGAGGUCAAAUCAGCUACUGUCAAUUAUGCUCUAUAUGAUGGCUUCUUCGGCAGCUCUCCCGUAUCCCCCACUUUGAGAUCUUCCACUGCUCAGCUGCUAGAAGCUAUCCUUACAAACUGACGUGCAGAGCAGGAUCAAUGUAUAUAUGGUCCCUCAAGACAAAGUGCAGAGUGAUGAAUCAAUGAAUACUAUAGCAGUUUUCUUGGAUAUUGCAUCUCAUAUAUUCGAAAUCAGAUUUGCUAUUUCACA